AUGGUUGUUUUCAUCGACGGGGAGGACCCAUUGGUGACGAUGUGCUACACUACCAUUCCGGUUACUCCGCCACUCCAGGGCUUGCGCCAAUUCUUGACAGCGUUGAUGAACACUUUCUGCAGUCAACGCAGGAGCAUGGACGUCACCGAGGAUGUUCGGUACAUGGGGCCGGCCGACAACGUGCUCAGGGUCCUGGCCGGGAAGGGCUUGUGGAAGACGAUGUGCCGCGCCGGCGAUCGUGGUUCUCCUUUCCUGAUCUUGCGGCAGACCGCGUCAAGGCACCUGAUUUGCAGGAUGGGUAUCAAGAAGGUGAUGGCGCACUCCUGUCGGUUGUCACUGACAAGGACCCACGAGAGGGUCAGGGGCGUAUACGUGGAGGAACCGUUGAAGACUUUUUACCACACCGCCGGUCCGUCUUCUCCUCUACCGAAAAUGUCGAUGUGCCUGAUCUGGAAACACCGCAUGGUGACCAAUCGAUCCCGGGGGCUGUUUCGAACGAUGACGGUCAACGACAUCGUCGCAGUCGAGAUUGGCAAGCACUCACAGAGGACGAUUUGCCCCGCCGCCGUCUAACCUACGAUUCUGGCAUGGAGGCCAGAGUAGACCGCGGCGAUGUAUCUGGGGCGCCGGUUUCGACUAAUCAUGAGGGCAAUACAUCAGUAACGUUCGGUACCAGAGGUCGUUGGGCUUGGAACGGAAGGCCCAUCCAGGACAAUACUCCCCGCCGCCGCCCCGGUGUCUCGGAGAGUUCGGUCUUGGGCGUCGAUGAUUCUGGUCUGACCCUCAGGCCAGAGCACGACGAUGAUAGAGAGGCUGUCCCGGGCGGUUUUGGGGGAAUCGACGCGGGCGAGGGCAGACCUACCGGCACAGGGAGAAAGGCAA